UCAACACUUCACUUACUUAUCUAUUAUAAUUGCUAACAAGAGUUUUAAACUGCUAUUUACUCUGACACAAAACCGGUAAACACUAACAAUGCAUAACAAAGAUGUUUCAAUGGUUGAGAGUGGGAAUAGUUCCAACAAUGCAACGACAAACGAACCAGUCGAUGACGAUCUGAAUAGGUGGUUGCCUAUAACAGCUUCCCGAAAAGCCAAAUGGUGGUAUUCAACAUUCCAUAAUGUAACAGCUGUUGUAGGAGCUGGUGUUCUUGGCUUACCAUAUGCUGUGUCACAACUCGGCUGGAUUCCAGGAAUGGGGAUGAUAAUAAUUUCAUGGUUUGUGACAUUAUACUCACUUUGGCAAUUGGUUAAUUUGCACGAACAUGUUCCAGGGAAGAGAUUUGACAGAUAUCCUGAGUUAGGAAAACAUGUAUUUGGCCUAAAGAGAGGUUAUUGGAUAGUAAUGCCUCAACAGAUGAUUGUUCAAGUUGCCAGUGACAUAGUAUACAUGGUUACAGGGGGAAAAUCUCUAAAAGAAAGUAUGCAUACGAUGUUCCAUUGGUCUAAAGGGAUUAAUCAAACUUGCUUUAUUUUGUUUUUUGGAGUUCUUCAGUUGAUACUAUCUCAAGCUCCUAAUUUUAAUUCCUUGAAAGUGGUCUCUUUCACAGCAGCUGUUAUGUCUUUGAGUUACUCAACAAUUUCGUCAGUAGCAUCAAUUAUCAAGGGUAUUGAACAUCCACAACCAGUUAACUAUGGUCGACGAUCUCAUACUCCAGCUGGAAUAACAUUUGAUAUUUUCAACAGUUUAGGAACGAUUGCAUUUGCAUUUGCUGGACAUAGUGUUGCAUUAGAAAUUCAAGCAACAAUACCUUCAACACCAGAAAAACCAUCUAAAGGGCCAAUGUGGCGAGGUGUUACUGUAGCUUAUGCAAUUGUUGCAUUUUGCUAUUUAGCUGUUGCUGCAUCUGGAUUCUGGGCUUUUGGCAAUCUUGUGGAUGAUGAUGUCCUUGUUACACUAAAACACCCACAUUGGCUAAUUGCUCUUGCAAAUUUUAUGGUAUUUUUGCAUGUUCUUGGAAGCUAUCAGGUUUUUGCAAUGCCUGUUUUUGACAUGAUUGAGUGUUACUUGGUUAAAAAGCGUCAUUUCACUCCUGGACGACCUCUUCGCCUUAUUGCCCGGAGUAUUUACGUUGUUGUGACGAUGUUCGUUGGAAUGUGCUUUCCCUUUUUUGGAGGGCUGUUAGGCUUUUUUGGAGGAUUGGCAUUUUCAUCCACAUCAUUUUUUCUCCCAUGCAUAAUGUGGCUUGUCAGCCAAAAACCUAAAAGGUGGAGCUUUCAUUGGAUCGCUUCUUGGCUUGCAAUUAUUAUUGGUGUGAGCAUAACUGUCUUGGCACCAAUUGGAGGAGCACGCACCAUUAUCAUCUCAGCAAAGAAUUACAAAUUCUUCGAUUAGAUAGUUUUCUUAUUUUCUAUUACUUGCUAGGAAUUUCUUUAGAAUCAUUUAUUCUAGAGAUUUUGUUUCACAUCAAGCUAAAUCAGUUCAAUCUCAAUGUGUUUCUCAUUUUUAUCAACAUUAAUUCUAUAC